GAGUUCCUAAUGUUUUAAAGUUCCUUAAUUUUUGUCCUAUGUUACAAAACUCAGGGAUCAUGUUAUGUACAAAGGUUGAGUUGGGUUUGGUGAGUAAGAAUCUGUGCCAAACAGAAAACUGCUACAUCUGACAGUUUUAGCUGAAGAUCUGCGAAAAAAAGAAGCUGCUCACGUAAAAGGCGGGUGGAAAGGGAAUUUAGUUUUAUGUAUCGAAUCACUGCACAAGAAAAUAAAUCUGAUGAAGCUCAGACUUUCAGUCUGUUUCCCAUUUUGCACAAUUUGCAAUGCCUGAUGAUGCCCAGGUCAGUGACUGCUUGAUAAUAAGUUCACCCUGCAGAUUUACAGUUGGGCUGUUGAACAGAGAACAACAUUUUUGCAUUUCAAAGCCAUUCACUGGAAUGCUGAGGCUCUAAACCAGUUCACCAAAGGAAAAGUGCACUUUCCUUUGUCAAGAAUAUUUUAAUCAGGGAGAAAAAAAAACAUGUAGAAUUUCAUCUGUUAAAACGGAUUGAACAAUGGCAGCUCGUCCAACUCAGAAAAACAUGGAAAAUCUUUCGGACUUUGUCCAGUUGAAUGACCUGGCUUGUGAAACAACAGGAGCAAAGAUCCUGUUUGCAACAGAUGAUUGGUUUGCAGCUGCAGAGAAUCUUUUGAAGCGAGAAGUGCCAGAAUGGAAAGCAGAAAAUUUCACUAAGUUUGGAAAAUGGAUGGAUGGCUGGGAAACCAGGAGAAAACGAAUUUCAGGUCAUGACUGGUGUAUUAUCAAGUUGGGCGUGCCUGGAAUCAUACAUGGAUUUGAUGUAGAUACUUCUUACUUUACUGGCAAUUAUGCUCCUCGUAUAUCGAUUGCAGCAGCAAACCUAAAUGCUGAUGAAAUUCCAGAUCUGCCCCCAAGAGGGGAGAAAAUAGGAACUGCUGCUUCGGAGAAGGAAUUUGAAGCUGUCGGAAAGUUGCAGUCGGAGUUCUGGACUGAAUUGGUUCCAAUGACAAUCCUGCAACCAGGCUAUGUUGAUAUUUGCCAUAAUUAUUUUACUGCUCAGCAACUGGACCGAUGGACUCACAUCAGGCUGAACAUGUACCCAGAUGGUGGAAUUGCACGACUCAGAGUUUAUGGCACAGGCCACAGAGAUUGGCCAUCAGUUUCACCAAAGCAAGAAAUAGAUCUGGUUGCAAUGCCCAAUGGAGGUGUAUGCUUGGGAUACAGUGAUGCUCAUUUUGGACACCCUAAGAACAUAAUUGGCAUUGGAAGAUCCAGUGUAAUGUCUGAUGGAUGGGAGACAGCCAGGAGGUUGGACAGACCAACAAUUUUAAAGGUAGAUGAUCAGGGUAUUUUACAGGUACCUGGUUGUGAAUGGGCUGUUUUUAGACUUGGUCAUCCUGGCGUAAUAACUCACAUUGACAUUGAUACAAGCCACUUCAAAGGUAACUUCCCUGAUAGUUGCAAAAUUGAAGGAUGUUCCAUAACUGAAGAAGAAGAGAAGGAAAAGAUUGCUACAAAGUGGAAAGACUCUUGUGGUUUGAAAUGGAAGUUAGUGCUGCCAGUUACUAAGCUCAAACCACACCAGCAACACUCCUAUUCCAUCGAAAUGAAAGAUAUCCUAACUCACGUGCGACUAACAAUUAAGCCAGAUGGUGGAAUCAGUCGGAUGCGGCUCUUGGGAUAUCCACGCCCUCUGCCCUCAGGAACCCUGUGAAAAGAAUCUUUGCAAGUGCAUUGCAACUUUUUCUCUCAAUUACAUUAAUUUUUCUGUAAAUCUACUUAUGCUAGAUUGCCAACUCAUUUUUUUGUUCCCAUUUGUCUUGCGCCAAUGGUAUUACAAAAUUAUUGGCUUCUUGUGAGGAAGCUAGAAGACUGAAGUUAUCAGGGAAAUCUCUCCAAUCCCAAUUAUGUUGUUUCUACUACUGCAAUACAGUUGUGAAGGCAAUGAACCUAUCUGAAAUCUUAGCUAGUCUGACUUUAUAACUUAUAAAUAAUGUGUUCAAAUAGCUCUGUAAAUCCUGGUAUCAUAUCUCUGCUGACAUGACCAAAUUAUUUCAGAUUGAGGAGGUUCCCUUGUUUUGAGUAAAAUGAAGAAGUCUCUGGGUCAUGAUGCACAGCUGUCAACGGUAGAAUUGGCCAAUGUCCAUGGCUUGUUUGAUUUGUAAUAACUGUGCUGAUCAAUUCAAUUUUAAGGUGUCUACUAACCCCCACCCCUUGCAAGGAGAAUGAACUGACCCAAACAUUGCCAAAAAUCUUCAGGGGUAAUGGUAUGCCUGUUUUUACCUAGCGAUGCCUGAGGGAUUGGGUUUGGGGCAAUCCCUCCUUCGUCUCAUCUAUUGAUGGUGGGGAGAUUCUACCUGACAUGGGCUCCUAAAGAAGUGGCAAAUGCCAGGCUUUGGCACAUUCGAGAUAAACUUAAACCCCCAUCAGAUCUCCACACUUUUGUCUCAAUUAUUUCAGAACUGAAUGGGAUGCAGAGAUAAGAGGAACUGCAGAUGCUGGAGAAUCCGAGAUAAUAAGGUGUACAGCUGGAUGAAGACAGCAGGCCAAGCAGCAUCAUAGGAGCAGGAAGGCUGACGUUUUGGGCCUAGACCUUUCAUCAGAAAUGUGGGAGGGGAAGGGGGUUCUGAAAUAAAUAGGGAGAGGGAUGCAUGCAGGUUUUUGGAGUCUCUUUUACUCUUAAGCAACAUUUGUUAACAUUCUCUAAAUUGAAAUGUAGAUACUGUGAAGGUAUGCAAUUGGCCAGUUGAGGGCCACAAGUUACUGGCAGUGGUAUCAUUGUACAUACAAUUGGUUAAACACUGAUAGAACAUUCAUCUCCGCUAUUUUUAGCGGCGAUGUUAGGGAUCGAUGGUUGUCUUAACAUUUUAAAGAAAGAAAUAUACUAUAAGUGUGUUUAUGAAAUAUAUGAAUAACUGCAACUUCCAGCCUACUACUCCCUUCCUCAUGCGUAAAAUGUACAGUCUUGACACACGGUAGAUAACAUUAAUUACUUUCAAUAGUUUAAUCAUCUCUUUAUUAUUGGGGAUAUUUUACCUUCUUUAAAUAUCUGAUCACUACUCUGGGGUCGGGGCCAAUACAAUUUAAACAGAAGAUAGAAACCUUUGUUACCUUUGUUCAAAAUUGUUUGUGCUUGAAAGAAAUCACCAAUUAUGACUGUGUAUUAAAUGUUAGGUUGAUGGCAUCUGUGUUAACAUUUGAUUGGGUGAUUUUUGAUGAAAUGAUCAAAGAGGAGACAUAAAAUAAAGAUGAAUAACUGAA